UGGCGGAACGGGCGGAGGUUGCCGGUUUCGUAACCGUCGCUCCUCCUCGCCGACUCGCGGGCUGCGAGGCCUGGGUCGGGUCGGGUCGGGCCGCGCCGCGCGGGGCCGCUCGGAGUGGAGGCCGUCUGGGGGCGGGCGGGCCGGCCAGAGGCGCAGGUACAUGUGAAGAUUUUUUGGCAGUUGAGUGUGGCCUCCUCGGAUCACAUUGCUCUGAUUUCUACCUAUUCUGUGUUGGCAAAGGAACGUGCCCAAAUGAGCAAGCUGUCGCAGCCAGCCACUACUCCAGGAGUGAAUGGAAUAAGUGUCAUUCAUACUCAGGCACAUGCCAGCGGCUUACAGCAGGUUCCUCAGCUGGUGCCCGCUGGGCCUGGGGGAGGGGGCAAGGCUGUGCCUCCAAGCAAGCAAAGCAAAAAGAGCUCACCCAUGGAUCGGAAUAGUGAUGAAUACCGCCAGCGCAGAGAGCGGAACAAUAUGGCGGUGAAAAAAAGCCGGUUAAAAAGCAAGCAGAAAGCUCAAGAUACACUGCAAAGAGUAAACCAGCUCAAAGAAGAGAAUGAACGGUUGGAAGCCAAAAUUAAGUUGCUGACAAAGGAAUUAAGUGUACUGAAAGAUUUGUUUCUUGAGCAUGCGCACAGCCUCGCAGACAACGUGCAGCCCAUCAGCACGGAAACUACAGCGACAAAUUCUGAUAACGCAGGGCAGUAGAUCUCCUUCCAGGCCCAGGGCUUGUGACUUGAACAUGAGAGGUGUGACCACCCUGCACACCUUGCUUCAGUGGCUGAACUCGGUUUCCUUCCAUUGGAGGUUAUUUUCUAGGCUCAGCACUGAACAGCUGAUUAGCCAUGUAAUUUAUCUGGUCUUAAAUGAUAAUGGAUUUUUGAAGCACUAAAAAGACUUAGGGUUUAUCGUUAAAACAAAAUUCCUGGACUUUAAUAUUCUUAAUAAAUCCUCACUUCCCCAGAAAUGGCUCUUUUGUAGGAAUGGGACAAUGGAAGGUCAUGUAGAAGGUACUGGGUUCUAAUGAGAGAAUACCUUGGAUUAAGAAAAACUGAAUUCUAGCCGGGUGGUGGUGGUGCACGCCUUUAGUCCCAGCACUUGGGAGGCAGAGGCAGGUGGAUUUCUGAGUUUGAGGUCUGGUCUACAGAGUGAGUUCUAGGAGAGCCAGGGCUACACAGAGAAACCCUGUCUCAAAACAAAACAACAACAAACAAAAAGAAAAGCUGAAUUCCAUCUGGGUUCCUCAGUUUGUGAUUUUAUUCUAAAUUGUGUAUGGUAAAUUCUGGGGCUACAAAAACCAAUCAUAAUAAUUUGGCCCUAUUUUAUAGAUGUAUAAACCUGUGUUAGCAUUGUCAGCAUUGUUUUUUCCAACAUAGACAUUUUUUAAAAUGACUUUAGGUGAAGUAAAGAAAUCCCACCAAGUCAUGUUGAGGAGGUGGUUAGAAAUACAAAGUGUGUUAGGAAGGAAAAAAGUGGUUUUGUGCUUUUCCCCCCCUUUUGUUUGUUUUAAAGGACAUAGAGUGCGAUUGAACUGUGAGGGGCCUUCUGCUUAUUGGAUAAGCAUGAUAUCUGUCCUAAAAAACAGUGUCUACCGUGUACUGACAUUUUAGUUUCUGUGGACGCAAGUAAAUGCAGCAUUUGGUUUGGGGGAGAAACCAUUUUUUGUCAGCCAAGUUAGUAAAUAAAAUGCCUUGGCUUGAU